AUGGCCGCAGCCAAGCCUACAUAUUUGACCCAAAAUAAAAAAUAAAUCAGUUUUUGAACCCUAGUUGAAUUGAACCUUUGAUUGUAUGCAAUUUUGACCCAAAAAUAAAAAUAAAUACAUCAUAUUUUCUCUUCGUUUGAACCCUUAUUGCACCGCUUCUCCUUUGCAAAGCGCGGCCGCCGCUUCCGCCUCGCUCUGGCAUUUCUCUAUCGCCAUGGAUUAUGCAGGCAACAGAUCGAUUAUAUCUUCCCCUCCCCGAGUUGGAGACAAGAGCAGCAGCAUUGAAGAUGAUUGUUGUUUGCAAAUCGAUGGUGGUCGGUAUUUGGCAAUUGAUAGUGGUGGAAAUUAUUAUCUUUCCGACCGCCCCACACCAAUUAAAGGCCAAAAAAUUCCAAACGAAAUGUCAGGUGUUCCUGUUUUUCAAGUAGAUCGUGGCGGUGAUUAUUUUGAGCUCGUCACAUUUGGAGUCUUAGCGGGUGAUUUACGCCAUAUCUGGACUGCCGGGGACGAAAUCUUAUUCAAUGAACUAUUUGAUCUUGACUCGGAAGAAGAGAUCCUUGCACGACCAGUGUUUCUUCCCCCGGCUGUUGCCAAAUAUCCUAAAAUGCCUCAAAAGGAAUAUGUGCCUACGGCUUACGACCAAUCUACGACAAAAAAACAUUGUGGUCCGCAUAUCCUUUGCAAAGCGCCGCCGCCGCUUCCGCCUCGCUCUGGCAUUCCUCUGACCCUCUCUAUCGCUAUGCAUUAUGCAGACAACAGAUCGAUUAUAUCUUCCCCUCCCCGAGUUGGAGACAACAGCAGCAGCAUUGAAGAUGAUUAUUGUUUGCAAAUCGAUGGUGGUCGGUAUUUGGCAAUUGAUAGUGGUGGCAAUUAUUAUCUUUCCGACCGCCCCCAACCAAUUAAAGGCGAACAAAUUCCAAGCGAAAGGUUGGGUGCGCGUAUUUUUAAAAUUGAUCGUGGUGGUGAUUAUUUUGAUCUCGUCGGAUUUGGAAUCUUAGGGAGGAGUGAUGAUGCUACCUUUGUUGGCGGAGACAAAAUCCUAUUCAAUGAUAUAUUGAAACAAGUUGGAUCGGCAUUGGAAGAAGAAGCGAGGGGGCCAGAAUUAGUGUGUGUUCCCCCCUUUGUUGUCAAAUAUCCUAAAAAUAAGUCACAUGAUGUGCCUUUUUUUGACCACAUAAUGAACAGAGUCACAUUAAAAACAGUUAGUGUGUUUGUUGACAUACGUAAAGCUGCUAGGAAGCUUAAGAGAAGCCAUGAAGUGGAGUCACAUAACACGGACUGUUAACCUAGUACUAUGCUAACUGUCGAGGUUUUGUUCUUUAUGCGGGAGCAUGAUCCUUUAAUGAGUUGCUGAAAAAAAGACUAUCUGGAUGUAUAUUUAGCUGGUCAUUUCUAUAUUAAUAUGCUUAUUUAUGUUGGAUUUUUGAACAAAAAGUAGUAUUUAUGAAUUAUGUCGAAUCUUUGAAAAAAAGACUAGUUU